AAAUAUUUCAAAAUUAGUAAAAAUUGUCAAACUGGUUGCGCUUGUAAAGUAAGACUGUAUGAUAACACUCGCAUUUUAGAUUGCUCGCAUAGAAAAAUGUCUGAAUUCUUGAUCGAUCCAAAAAAAGUGAAACCUAUAGAAGGAUAUACUUUAAUAGUAAAUCUCACUGGAAAUUUGUUACCCGAGAUACCAUCAGUUCAAGUUUUAGAACCAAUGAACGUAACUGAAUUACUGUUAUCUAAUAACCAUAUUUCUAAAAUGACGACUCAUGGAUUACCAGAAACUCUCAAAGUAUUAGAAUUGCAUAAUAAUGAUAUAUCAGAAUUUAAAUUGGACGAAUUCGGCUACGUGUAUUCUGGAGUUUUAGAUAAAUUCACUUUAAGGGGAAAUCCAUUUACAUGUGAUUGCAGUAUAAGAGAGUUACUUCAUUUGAUCAAAAGAAAACGAUUUUUGUAUAAAGAUCUAGAAAAUUUAGAAUGUGAUGGUUUACCUAUGUAUAAAAUGGCCGAGGAUAUGUUAAAUUGUCCAAACUACCACGGUUGGACUAUAUUAUCAUAUAUAUUAGAGAUAUUCCUACCGAUUACAAUUUUUAUUUUAUUAUUUCCUUGGGUACAUAAAAGAAUUUUCGGAAUAGGUAUUCGAGAUAGAAUUGGAGCGUUAUUUAGACGAAGACUAUAUCCAUGGCGUGAUCUUCUUUUUUAAAGAGAAACAAAUAACAUAUGUCGGUCCUCGAAUUUAAAGAAAGUAUUUUUAAUACGUAUUAAAAGUAUAGUAAUUUUUAUCAGGAGACAAUUCUUUUUUGUUCAUUGUGAUCACGAGUAAAUUGUUUUAAACAGCAUACUAAAACAAUGUUAAGCAGUGAUUUGUAAAUAUUGUUAUUUAUCUUAUUGAAAAAAUGAGAUAAAUAUAAUAUUUCGAGUGAAUGAAGACUUAGUAAGAUCUGUUAAUUAUUACUAUGCUGUAUUAAUGACGAAUGCUAUUGUAUUUUAUAUAUUUUAUUGUUCUUUUUUGCGUGUGCAUUUGUUUUCUCGUAUUUAUAGCUAUUUAAUUAUCAUAUGUAAUAAUGUUAUAUUCAAAUUGACAA